AUGAGGACGACGGAAGCCUUCAAGCGGGGCGAAAUUAUUUGCCCUGUUUCGGCGGACUACGCGCUCGACGCCGAAGCCCUUGUCCUCCUGGAUGGCCGCCGCCUGAAGCACGACGCAGGGUUCAACGCCACCAUCGUCAGCCGCUUUCUCAUCGCCACGAAAGACCUGCAAGCUGGCGAGGAAGUGUUGGUCAACCUCAACGCUCUGAUCUACGAAGUGGAGGAUGCGACGGCUUUGCCCCUCACUGGGUUCAAAAAACUCACGGAGGAGGAAAAGCAGCAGCUUUACAUGUAUGCGGAUGAGCAUGUGCGGCAGCAAGCGGUUAUGGACGGUUUCAUUCCAAACCGGAGUGAAGGUGGAAUCACCGUGGUGCAAACCCAAAAGUCGCAGCUUGUGCCAGUGUCUCGCGGGGCCCACGAGCCCAGGAGCACGGUGUUCGCUUCCACUGGCGUUUUACUUCCUUUCCCAGUGCGCAGCACAAUUGAGCUCCCGGGGGACCAGCACCUGCGUCUCACUGGGGGAUCCGAGUUUAUCCGCCACUCCUGCCAACCAAACCUGCAGCUUGAGCUCGCUGGGGACUCCAUUCGUGGCAUCGCCCUCCGAUUUAUAGAAGAGGGUGAGGAGCUGACAUGCAAUUACCUUUGUACGGAGUGGGAUAUUGCAGAACCGUUUCACUGUGCGUGUAACACGGAUUCCUGUUAUGCAUUUAUAAGGGGGUUUUGUUACCUAGAUGCUGACGAAAAGGCGCGUCUAUUGCCAAAUGUCAGUGCUGCAAUCAAAGAAAAGUACAAUGCGCCACUUCCACGUGCAGCUUCUUUGGCAUCCAUAGAAAAAACAACGGCACUGGCCGUUACCUUUGACGGAAGGGUGGCCGCUCAACGAUACAUCGCCUCUGGUACAGUGUUAAUGAAAGUCGACCGCCUUUGCGUGCGGCCUCGAGAAGCCGUUCUUGACGGUUUACACAUUCCACAUAGCUGUGACGCAAAUGCCGUUCUCUUGGAAGGCCGUUUGACGGCAUCUAGGCCACUUCUCGCUGGCGACCCGCUCACACUAAACCUUUCUACCUUGUUUUAUGCACUACCGCUUCCCUUUGAAUGUCACUGUGGAGCUGUGACCAGUACACACCUUGUUAAGGGGUUUUCGGCGCUGAGUGACGCGGAGAAGAAUUCACUGAUGUCGUUUGCUGAGCACUCCGUUCUCGUGGAAGCGGUCCGUCAUGGACUGCGUGUGCAAAGUUCCAGUCCGUGUGUAAAAAUACGAAGACAUCCUUUUAUGGGGGAGGUGACCUAUGCUGCCACUUUUAUUCCAAAGGGAAGUCGUGUUUUUCAUAUGCGGGGUCUUGUUAUUCCAUUUCCAACGAUAUAUACGGUUUAUCUUGGGGACGGCAACCACCUGCUUUUUGCUGACGGCGCACAGUGCCUGGCGCAUAGCUGCAACCCCAACACCCGUCUUGUGAUAGACGCCGCAAAUGGAAAGGCCAUGUGUGUGGCAAUGCGUGACAUCGAGCCUGAAGAGAUUGUCUCCUUCAAUUAUCUGACCUCCGAGUGGGAUAUGGCAUCGCCGUUUAAAUGCGGCUGCGGAAGUGCAUCCUGCUUUGGCAUGAUCAAGGGAUUUCGUCAUCUGGAUGAGGAAAGCCAGCUCCGCCUCUGGCCCUAUGCAACCAGCGGGGUGAAGUCGCUUUUUGCCCAGUAUCGCCGCAGCGCGCUGUCGAACCUUGACACAUCUUUGGUCUCCCUCCACGAAGCGUCGGGGGAACUGCGUCUGGCGCGUGACUUGCCCUCUGGUGUGGUUCUUUUUGCUGCCACGACAUUUUGUAUUGCUGCCGAAGAGGUUGUGCUUGACGAUGUGCGACUGAGGCAUUCGUGUCGUCCCACGGCUGUCUUCCUGGAGGGACGCGUUGUGCUGUGCCAGGCGUCACUCAGAGGCGAGGCGGUAACACUGAAUAUCAACCACCUAACCUACGACACCCCGGCCUUUGCGUGUCAUUGUGGGGCAGAGAACUGCGUCGGGGAGGUGCGCGGCUUCGCUGGGCUUACGGCGGAGCAACAAAAUACGGAGAUGGUGUACGUCGAUCCACGCGUACGAGCGACGGCGGGGGACAAUAAAUACUGCGUUCAAAGCACAUGUUCAUUGGUGGAGGUGAAACCAAAUGGGCCUAUGGGACAAGCGACAUUUGCAAAGGCCGACAUUCGGGAAGGGACUCGCUUUUUUAAAGUAUCCGGUCUUGUGAUUCCCUUUGCCACAAUCUACACGAUCCUCUUGGAUGAAAACCAGCAUCUUCUUUUUGCCGAUGGGGCACAGUGCUUGGCACACAGCUGUAAUCCAAAUGUUCGUGUCAUCAUAGACAGUACGGGGAAAAAAUUGAAUGUCUUGCCCUUCGGAGCAUCUGCAAGGGUGAACUUGUCUCCUUCAACUACCUCACCACAGAGUGGGAGAUGCAAACGCCGUUCACCUGCCUCUGUGGGGCACCGCAGUGUUACCGUGAAAUACGAGGCUUUAAGUACCUGGAGGAUGAAGCACGACAACGGCUAUGGGGGAUGGCCACACCAGCAAUCAGAUCUCUGGUAA